UUUAAAAAUCUAUCUCCUGCCAGCAGGGGGUGCUGCAGCACCCUCAGCACCCCCCUUCCCGCGCCCUUGCUACCAGGUGCAUAAUUCACUUCUAAUUUCAAACAGAAAAUGUUUAAAUAGCAUCAUGUCAUGACAUGCUUCCAUUUCCAAAGCAAUGAAGGCUGUAAAUACCGACUUAAUAUUAUGCAUAUUAUUGUUAAUAUUGUGCUAUAAAUGUAGCAAUGCUAGAGUUUGUUUAUCAGCCAUAGUCUAGGCCUAUGUAGACUCAAUACCCUUAAAGUGACAGUGCACCAUUUAUACUAGUACUUCAAACUGGAACAAACAGUUCUGCUUAGGGCAUCCAAUUGGCCAGCAGUGGCACUGGAUACAAUGAUUAAAUUGAAAUGGGUAUGCAAUGUAUGAGUGUCAUGUCUAUUUCUAUUCUGAGACUAUUGUGCUUAAUUCAUUUGAUCCCAUUUGCGCUUGAUAUCUAUGAUAGCCAUUUACCUACAGAGCAAUGGACCAAUGGAAUCCAGUGGAAAGUGAUGAGGAUAUGCCUACCAUUACUCAAGAGAGAGCAUGGAAUAAUUUCAAUAAAGAGAUGGAGGGAGUAUUCCAUAGCGAUUUGAGUGAACGGGUUCGACCCUAUCUAGACCUCAUUGAUUCACUGCGUAUGAUUGGAAUCGAUCAGGAUCUGACUCUGCCUGCCAUAGCUGUGAUCGGAGACCAGAGCUCAGGGAAGAGCUCCGUGUUGGAGGCGCUGUCUGGAGUAGCUCUCCCUAUUGAGGCAGCGACCAAUGCUUUGACAGCUAUUGGCAUCUCUACAGUUGACCCACUGCAUUCAAUUGUUGGCUUUGUAAGCCCUAUAUAAAGACGGACCAAAGGUAGACUCUUCCAUGGCCCUGCCUGCCAUAGCUGUGAUUGGAGACCAGAGCUCAGGGAAGAGCUCUGUGUUGGAGGCGCUGUCUGGAGUAGCUCACUGUAUACAUUACAGUAUACACUACACAUCAUCAGAAAGAAAAUACUAUUCUUUAUCAAGAACAAUGGACAACUGGAGUGUAGUGCUUGACGAGGAAAUAUGUAAGCAAACUCCCUUAGCGACUGCUGAAGAGACACCAGAGGAGGAUAAAAAAAUGGAGGGAGUACUCCAUAGCCAUUUCAGAGAGCAGGUUCAUCCAUAUUUAGAGCUUAUCGACUCCCUCCGUCUAAUGGGCAUCGAUAAGGAUCUGGCCCUGCCUGCCAUAGCUGUGAUCGGAGACCAGAGCUCAGGGAAGAGCUCCGUGUUGGAGGCGCUGUCUGGAGUGGCUCUCCCCAGAGGCAGCGAGGAGGCUCUAUUCCCCUCAGGUAUUGUGACUCGGUGCCCACUGAUGCUGAGGUUGAGGAAGGUCAUGGGAUUGUCAGAGUGGAAGGGCACCAUCUCCUACAAAAAUGAGACUAAAGACAUCAAAGACCCCGCUAAGGUUGGGGAUUAUGUCGUCAAAGCCCAGAAUGAGCUGGCUGGAAAUGGUGUUGGGAUUUGUGACGAGCUGAUCAGUCUGGAGAUCAUGUCUCCUGAGGUGUGUGACCUCACUUUGAUUGAUUUACCCGGUAUUGCCCGAGUGCCUGUUAAAGGACAACCUCAUGACAUUGGAGACCAGAUUAAAAGGCUCAUUCACAGGUUCAUUGCAAAUGAAGAAACCAUCAACUUGGUGGUGGUCCCAUGCAAUGUUGACAUAGCAACAACUGAAGCUCUAAGAAUGGCUCAGGAAGUUGAUCCAGAUGGGAAAAGAACUUUGGCUAUUUUGACUAAGCCAGACCUUGUAGAUUGUGGCACAGAAAAGAACAUUUUGGAUAUUGUUGAUAAUCGGGUCAUUCCGCUGAGCAAAGGCUACAUAGUUGUGAAAUGCCGUGGUCAGCAACAAAUUCAGGAUGGGAUUCCUCUAGCCGAGGCCACCAGGAUGGAGAGAGAUUUCUUCAGCCAACACAAGUACUUCAGGCGUCUUCUUGAUGAAGGAAAAGCCACAACCCAGUGCCUUACCAUCAAACUGACCCAAGACCUGGUGGGCUGCAUCAAAAACUUUCUGCCAACACUGUCGGAGCAAAUUAAAAAGGAGCUGUGCAACUUAAGGGAACUGUUGAGUCAGUAUCCAGUGGGUCCUCCCAUUGAUGCCCAAAAAAGGAGACUCUUCCUUACUCGUCUGCUGAUUGACUUCAACAACAAGAUCAACCGAUUAAUAGAGGGUAAAGUUGUCACUAAGGAAAACCUUUUUGCGCUUCUUCGGAAGCAUUGUCAGAAAUGGAAACAUGAACUUGAGCGCAGUAAAACUCCAUUUUGUGAAAAGGUACAGAAUGUGGUGAAGGAAUAUAACCUGGAGCACAGGGGAAAAGAGCUGCCUGGUUUCAGUAACUAUGAUGUGUUUGAGACGGUCACACAGGAUGCAGUGGCGAAACUACAGAAUGAUGCACUACAAACUUUGAGAGAAAUCAGAGGAAUAGUUGAGAAGCAAUUCAAUGAGGUCUCCAAAUCCUGCUUCAGAAACUUCCCUUUCCUGGAGUGUAUCACAACAAACAAAAUAAACAAAAUCCAGUCGAAACAGGAGGCCAAAAUGGAGAAAAGAAUCCAGGAGCAGUUUGAGAUGGAGAAACUGAUCUAUACUCAGGAUGGCAACUUCUUCAAGACCAUCAAGACUAUAGAUGAUUUUGUACCGCCACCUUCACCGCAACAGAAUGUUAGUGUUGAAGAAAAUCUCAGCAAAACACCACAAACUCCAUCCAAAAGAGGCAAGUCUGCUAAGCGCCCUCGACACUCUGACCAGGACAAGCCAGUGGUGGAUCUACCAAGCAUGACUGACAUGGAUGCUAACCCAAUUAGUCUGCAGGCCACAAUCUCUCUGGAGGCAUCUGCUAUUAGUUCUGAAGCCAUGAGCAUGUACCCUAAAAUGUUACAUUCAUACUAUGAGAUAAUGAUUCAGCGUCAGUCGGACCAGAUCCCCAUGCUGAUCCAGUACUUCCUUUUGAAGAAGUCAGCGGAGAUGUUGUGCACUGAGAUAUUAAGUCUCACUGAUGGGGUGGACGUGGACAAAGCCUUGUCCGAGGUCUCGGACAGCAGCCGCCGCCGCAGCGACUUGCAGGGCCGCGUUGAACGUCUCAGCGAGGCGCAGGACAAACUCAGCCAUUUCCUCUAACCCCUCAUUUCCACUGAACCCGUCUUCUUUAUCGUGUUCCAUCAGCUUCAUGUUUUUGUCCUAAAAAUACAGCUAGCUUAUUUUGAUACUCACUGCCAGCUGAAAACUGAUACAGCAGUCAUAUAAAGCUCCUCUUCGAGAUUGUUAUGUUGAAACAAGUGGUGAUUGACUGUCAUGGUGCCACUUGAAAAUAGAUCAGUGUAACCAUGUUCGGUUACACUUUACUUGACAGUAUCAACAUGAGUGACAUGACACUGUCACGAAUGUGUCAUAAACAAGUC